AUGAUGAAGAAAGCUAAAUUUAUUUUUGAGGGCAACAAAGAAAACAACACAGAUCUCAGGACUGUUUACACAGAACUGUUCAUCACUGAGGGAGAGAUGGAAGAUGUCAAUCAUGAACAUGAGAUUCUGAAGAUUGAUGAUGCUUUCAAGAACAAAAAAACACAGGACAAAAGAAUCAAAUGCAAUGAUAUAUUUACUGAACUGAGGAAAAACAAUGAGGAGAAGAUUGUGCUGACCAAGGGAGUCGCUGGCAUUGGAAAAACUGUCUCUGUGCACAAAUUCAUCCUGGACUGGGCAGAAGGAAACGCGAAUCAGGAUAUAGACUGUGUGUUCCUGCUUCCAUUCAGAGAUAUCAACACAGAGAUAUUUUUUGAAGACAGAGAAGUCAGUCUCCAUGAGUUUCUGCUGAAAUUUUUUCCUGGAUUGAAGAACCUGGAGAAAUCAAAGUUAUAUAAGGAACAUAAGCUAGCAUUUAUAUUUGAUGGACUUGAUGAGAGUCGCCUGCCAUUUAACUUUAAAAGCAAAACACUGGACACUGUUGAGGAAAGGGCAUCUGUAGAUGUGCUGUUUACAAAUCUGGUCAAAAGGAAGCUGCUUCCAGCAGCUCUGGUCUGGGUGACCUCACGACCAGCAGCAGCCAAUCAGAUCCCUCCUGAACAUGUGGGUUUGUUCACAGAGGUGCGAGGAUUCACUGACCGACAGAAGGAGGAGUACUUCAGAAAAAGAAUCACAGAUGAGGAACAAGCCUCCAGAAUCAUCUCACACAUUAAGACAUCUCGUAGUCUCUAUGUCAUGUGCCACAUUCCUGUGUUCUGCUGGAUCACAGCCACAGUAUUGCAGAAUUUUCUCAUCAAGAACAAUACAGAGAAUAUAAGCACAACACUCACUAAAAUGUACAUUCACUUCCUGCGGAUACAGUUGAACAUAAAGAGCAAGUAUGAUAAACAGGAAAAAAGCCAACCUUCAGACCAUUUAAAAUUAAAUAGAGAAAUGAUUUUGAAAUUAGCCAAGCUAGCAUUUGAACAGCUGAAGAAGGAAAACAUUGUGUUUGAUGAGAAGGAUCUGAAAGCAUGUGGUAUUGAUGUGAGUAAAGACACUGAGUUCACUGGAAUGAUCGCUGAGAUUUUCAAGAUGGAUGAUGGACUUUAUAAGACAAAGGUCUUCAGUUUUGUACAUCUGACUGUUCAAGAAUUUCUCGCUGCAGUGCAUGUGUUCAUCUGCUACCUGAAAAAGAACAAGCGAGAGCUUCAGUUUUUCUUUGAAGAUUCACAAAAUACAGCCCGACAAAAGCUUCAGUUCUUCUUUAGAAAUGUCAAAUUUCAUGACUUAACAAAGAGGGCCACUGAUAAAGCCAUGCAGAGUAAGACCGGACAUCUGGACCUGUUUCUGCGAUUUCUGAUGGGAAUUUCACUGGAAUCCAGUCAGAACAUGCUCAAAGGCCUGAUCACACACACUAAAGACACCACAGAGAGCAUCACGCAAACAACUGAACACAUUAAAGAAUUACUGAAACAGGACAUCUCAAAUGAAACUUCAGUCAACCUAUUCUACUGCUUACUUGAGCUGAAAGAUAAUUCAUUAUAUGAGGAAAUCCAGAGUUACAUUAGUUCAGAUGAACAUCCAGGAAGAGACCUCUCAUCUUCAAUGUGCACAGUGCUGACCUACAUACUGCUGAUGUCAGAGAAGGUGCUGGAUGAGUUCAGUCCAAAGAGGUUCACGUCAAAACAAGCAGACUACAAGAGACUUAUUCCAGCUGUGAGAUGCUGCAGAAAAGCACUAUUUGACAGCUGUGGUCUUGACAAAACAUGCUGUGAAACAGUGUCUUCUGCUCUACAAUCAUCAAACUCUCAUCUGACGGAGCUGGACCUGAGUAGCAAUAAUCUGCAGGAUUCAGGAGUGAAGCUGCUUUCUGAUGGACUGAAGAGUUCAAACUGUCAACUGAAAAUACUGAGAUUUACCUGUUGUAAUCUCACUGCUCAGUCUUGUGGGAGUUUGUCAUCAGCUCUACAAACCUCACAGUCUGUCCUGAGAGAGCUGGACCUGAGUAACAAUGACCUGCAGGAUUCAGGAGUGAAACUUCUUUCUGAUGGUCUAAAGAGUCCAAACUGUCAGCUGGAGAUACUUAGAUUUACAACCUGUAAUCUCACUGCUCAGUAUUGUGGGAGUUUGUCAUCAGCUCUACAAACCUCACACUCUGUCCUGAGAGAGCUGGACCUGAGUAACAAUGACCUGCAGGAUUCAGGAGUGAAACUUCUUUCUGAUGGACUGAAGACUCCAAACUGUCAGCUGGAGAUACUAAGAUUGUCUGGCUGUAUGGUGACAGGGGAGGGAUGUUGUUAUGUGUCCUCAGCUCUGACUUCAAACCCCAUAUGCUUGAGAGAGCUGGAUCUAAGCUAUAAUCACCUGGGAGAUUCAGGAGUCAAGCUGGAGGAAAAACUGGAGGACCCAAACUGCUCACUUUGUGUGGAUCUUGGAGGAGAAUCCAGGAUUACACCUGGACUACAGAAAUAUGCCUGUUUUCUCACACUGGAUCCAAACACAGCAAACACGGAACUGAUUCUGUCUGAGGAGAACAGAAAGGUGACAUGUUUGAUGGAGAAACUGUCAUAUCCUGAUCAUCCAGACAGAUUUGAUGAUGUGCCUCAGGUGUUGUGUAAAGAGAGUGUGUGUGGACGCUGUUACUGGGAGAUUGAGUGGAGUGGAGAUAAUGUGUUUAUAUCAGUGUCAUAUAAGAGCAUCAGCAGGAAGGGAUGGGGUGAUGAGUGUUGGUUUGGAUCUAAUGAUCAGUCCUGGAGUUUGUUCUGCUCUCGCUCCAGUUACUCAUUCAGUCACAAUAACAUAGAUACUGUUCUCCCUGUGGAGUCCAUCAUCAGGAGAAUAGGAGUGUUUGUGGAUCACAGAGCAGGAACUCUGUCCUUCUACAGCGUCUCCAGAAACACAAUGAGCCUCAUCCACACAGUCCAGACCACAUUCACUCAGCCACUCUAUCCUGGGUUUAGUGUUGGUUAUGAAUUGAUAAAUGAUUCUGGAUCAUCAGUGAAACUGUGUUAAUGAAUCAAAAGAGACUGCAUGAUGAAUCAGUGACAAUGAGAUGUUAUCGAGUCUCUUCAUGACAUUAAUACUGCAGCUGAACAGCUCAAGUGUGUGUGUGUUUGUGUAUGUGUGUGAGAGAGAGAGUGUGUGUGUGUAUGUUUA